AGCGAGCUGAUACGUUUUUCUUAAAAAAAAAACCUUGGGAUUCAAAGCAUUGGAAUGCUGCCCUAGCGUAACCUAACCUUAACCUAGCGUAACGCUAUCUAAGCGCAUUACAGCUCUGGGUAGCAAGCAUUGAAAAAAUUCGAACAAAAGUAUAACAGACCUGUUUAUCAUCCUCAGAACAACUGUUACGCUGAAAAUACUUUGAGGACAGUCCUCAAUGUAUCCAAUACUGUCUUUUACUCGGCGUUGAUAAUCCAUACGGAUAAGCUACAAAGAUAAUAAAAUUUCUGAGACCAACAAGGAGAUAUUGGUGAUCGAAUGACUAUGUGAUUGUCGUGCACGCUAUCAUGAAAUUUUCAGUUUUUGGCACUUCAGGUGGACUUUAUAAUUUUAAUCAAUAUCAGGAAACGGGGAAAGCUUGUCAUGAAGUAUAUCGCAGAUUAUCUAAUAAUGAGAGAAAAGUCGGUGUUAUCGGUGGAGUUCCUGAUACACUGAGGAAGCGAAUUCCCAGUUAUAAAAAGGAUGUUAAAACGCGGGACAGAAUCAAGGAGGCCAUUAUGAGAAAUGAAUUUCUUAGUAAUUUAGAUAACGCUCAAAUUGAGGCGAUUAUCUCAGCAAUGUAUCCACAAAUAAUUCCACCGAAGACUAGGAUAAUAAAGCAGGGUGAUAUUGGUACUCAUCUGUAUGUCUCGGAGGAGGGUGAAUUUGAUGUAUACGAUGGUGGAGAUUAUCAAGGAAGUUUUGGACCAGGUUAUGCAUUUGGUGAGCUUGCUUUGCUCUACAAUAUGAAGAGGAUGCGCUCUAUCGAUGUAAAAAAGGGUGGAAAGGUUUGGGUCAUAGACAGAUCAGCCUUUAUGGCGGCAAUGAUAAAAUCUGCCCAAUUAAAUGUAGAGGAUAACAUACGUCUUCUUCGACGAAUAUCAAUCCUGCAGUGUCUUCCGGAUCAGGUCCUCGCCAAAAUAUCCGACCUGAUCAAUGUCGAAUUCUUUCCAGGAAACGCGUGCAUAAUUCGCCAGGGCGAGCUGGGCGAUAAGUUCUACAUAAUAAACGGUGGUAAUGUUAUGGUCAAAUUAAACUUCUGCGAAAACGAGUCGCCCCUAAUUCUUGGCAAAGGAAAAUAUUUUGGCGAAAAGGCUCUCUACGACAAUGCCGAUAAACGUCGUCAAGCUAACGUCAUAGCAAUGCCACCUGGCGUCGAAUGCUUCACAAUAGACAGAGAAUCCUUCAUUAAUUAUCUUGGCGAUGUUGAGUCAAUUAAAAAUAAAAAUUGGAUCGAGGAUUAUGAACUGAGAAGACGAUCUCUGAAUAUACAAUGGACCAGCGAGUACCUGAAACUUAAACUUUCUGAUCUGAAAGUCAUAGGCACUCUUGGUACAGGCUCCUUUGGUAGAGUCGAAUUGGUCGUAGCUGAAUCCAUUCCGAAUAGGAGCUUUGCCAGGAAGAAAGUGAAGAAAAUAACAAUUUCACAUAGGGGACACGCCAGACAUAUUUAUAAUGAGAAAUAUGUUAUGCAAGCUUGCAAGUCGCCGUUUAUAUGCGAAUUGUACCAAACUUUCAAGGAUAACAAGUACGUCUAUUUUCUCAUGGAAGCUUGUUUGGGUGGCGAUUUGUGUACUGCUCUUCAAAGAAAAGGAUGCUUUAGCGAUUCCAUAGCAAAAUUUGUAAUAGGAUGUGUGGUAGAGGCGUUGGAUCAUCUUCACUCGCUUGACAUUGUUUGUCGAGAUCUCAAACCAGAAAACAUCAUGUUGGACAACCGUGGAUACUUAAAGCUGACGGACUUUGGAUUUAGUAAAAGAAUAGGUCCUGAUAAGACUUGGACCUUCGCUGGAACUCCCGAGUAUAUGGCACCAGAGAUAAUUUUGAAUAAAGGUCAUGAUAGAGCCGUUGAUUAUUGGUCCCUUGGUAUUUUACUAUAUGAAAUAUUGAUGGGCAGACCGCCAUUUCGAGCAAUGGAUACUCUGGAUACGUAUAAUAAGAUACUUAAGGGAAUAGACGUCGUAGGUAUUCCUAGUGAUAUUAGGCGAACUGCUGAUAAUCUUAUUCGAAAAUUACUGCGACUAAAUCCCGCUCAGCGAUUGGGAUAUUUACGUCACGGAAUAAUGGACAUAAGGAAUCACAAAUGGUUCAGCUCAUUUAAUUGGAGUUCUCUGCAAAACCGGACACUCAAAUCGCCUCUAAUACCUAAGAUCGUCGAUCAUCUCGACAUAAGAAACUUUGAUCGGUAUCCUCCGGAGCGUGACAUACCACCAGAUGAUUUCUCAGACUGGGAUGCAACUUUCUGAGUACUUUUUUAUCUCAAUAAACUAUAUAUAUUGUUUUUAUAGUAGUAACAUAAGUUCAUAUCAUCAAAAAAUCAAUGUUUUUCAAUUUACAAAUGAUUAUCCAACAGUCUAUUAUUGUUUAAUAAAAUACAGUA